CCUCACCGGUCGGUGAGAACAUCCAUCGAUCGAAUCGCUCGGAUUGAACGGAGGCAAAAUAUCUCACAAAUCGAACGCUUCCUACGCCAGCAAAGUGCCCUAAACUUUGUUCAGAUUCCUAUAAAUCGAACGCUAGACAGGUCGGCUGGCAGCAAACUCCUCAAAACCCUAGCUUUUCUGCUGCUAGGGUUUUUGUGUGUUUUUAACACGAGCGUUCUUCUUCUUAAACCUCUUCGCGCAAUACAUCCUUUGCGGCGGCGCUUAAUUCCGUCUUCCUUGAUCUCGACACCUUGUACCUUCGCUAAAAUGGGUAAAUCAAGCAAGAAGUCUGCUGUAGAGGUUACUCCUGCUGCUGUCUCCGUCCCUCCUUCCAAGUCGGCCAAAAAAGAUACUUUGUUCAUGAGUUCAGGAAAGAGGGAUGCAGAAGCAGUGUUGGAGAAACCUGUGAGUGCCAAAAAGCAGAAGAAAGUAGUAGUGGAAGUUCAAACAAAGCAGAUUGCUGAUAAAAAGUCAAAGAAGGUUCCCCCACCAAAGAAAACUGAAACCAGCACCUCAGAGGACACAUCAGAUUCUGAAGAGGAGGUCAAAGUUGCACCAAAAAAGGGUGGCAAGCCAGUACAGAAACCAAUAAAGGAUUCCAGUAGCAGUGAAGAAGAGUCAUCAUCUGAUGAAGAAGUCAAACCUACAAAUUUGUCUAAAAAGUUGCCUGCUGCGGGAGUUAAGAAUGGCAUUGCUCUUGCUUCGAAAAAGAAAGAGGACUCUAGUGAUGAAGAUUCUGACAGCAGUUCUGAUGAGGAGAAUAAGUCUGUUGCUCCUUCAAAGAAGCAACCUUUAGCUGUUAAAAGUGUUAGCUCUGACAGUGAUUCUGAUGAAGAUGAGGGAAAUGGACAAAAAAUUGGUAUUGUCAAGAAAGCUCUUCCAGCACAAAAUAAUGGAGUUACCGAAGACUCUUCCAGUGAAACUUCAGAGAGUGAAUCUGAUGAUGAGAAGGUGAAAGCUAAGGCAACAUCAAUUGUCAAAAAACCACCUUCAAAAGUUACAGCAAAUGCAUCAAAUAAGAAAGAAGAGUCCAGUGAAAGCUCUGAUAGUGACUCGGAUGAUGAGGAUGAUGCUCCCAAAAUUUCUGUUACCACAAAGAGUGCUCCAGCUGCUUUGAAGGUUGCUGUAACCACUGAAUCUAAAAAGAAAGAUGAGUCUAGUGACAGCUCAGAGAGUGAUUCUGACUCUGAUGAGGACAUGGUUCCUGCAGCCAUCCCUCUUAAAAAGCCUGAAGCCAUAGAAACGAAACCACAAAGCAAGGCCAAGGCGGAAGAGAGUUCUGAAGAUAGUUCGGAUGAGAGCUCUAGUGAGAGUGAUGAGGAACCUCAGAAAAAGAAACUGAAAGUACCUGAAACUACUGGAUUGAAUGCUAGCAAGCCUACCAUGAUUAGUGCUGAAAAGGAGAGCAGCAGCAGUGAAGAUGAGGAUGACAGUUCUGAAGAAAGUUCUGACGAGGAGACUCCAAAAGUACAACAAAACACGCCAACUAAACAACCAAAAAAGAGUAGUAGUUCUGAUGAGGAGUCCUCAGAUGAAAGUGAAGACGAGCAGCCAGUAAAGACACCUGCAAAGAAAGAGACUGACUUGAAGAGGAAGGCUGCACCUGUAGAUCAAACGGUUAAAAAAGUUGAUAAGAGAGUGGAAAAAACCCCUGUGGGUAAUCAAGGUGUAUCAUCUGGAUCAAAGACACUUUUUGUUGGAAACUUGUCAUUUGACGUUGGAGAGGAUGACAUAGUUGAGUUCUUCAAAGAGGCAGGGGAAGUUCCUGAUGUUCGGUUAUCUAGAUUUGAUGAUGGUCAUUUCAAGGGGUUUGGGCAUGUAGAAUUUGCCACCGCAGAAGCAGCUCAAAAGGCAUUGAAUGAUUUAAAUGGGCAAGAACUUUUGGGUCGUCCAGUAAGACUUGAUUUGGCACGCGAACGUGCUGAACGCAGCGCAUAUACUCCGAACAGCGGGUCUUUCCAGAAGGCUGAAAAAGGUUCGAGUCUUACCAUAUUUGUAAGAGGUUUUGACAAGUCACUCGAGAUGGAUCAGAUUCAAAGUUCCCUUGAAGAGUAUUUUGGUUCUUGUGGAGAGAUAACACGAAUUUCACUGCCUAGAGAUUAUGAAUCAGGAGGUUCUAAAGGUAUUGGAUACCUUGAUUUCGGAACCGAGGAGGCUUUCUCAAAGGCCCUGGAGCUUUCUGGCUCGGAACUUGGAGGUUACACACUGACGGUGGAGGAAGCUAAACCGAGAGGUGAUGGAGGUAGUGGCGGCGGCCGAGGCGGUGGCAGAGAUGGUGGUGGUUGGAGUGGUGGUCGAAGUGGUGGCCGUCGUGGUGGUCGUGGUGGCAGAGAUGGUGGUGGUUGGGGUGGAGGUCGUGGCGGCGGCAGAGGACGUGAUGGUGGUGGGCGCCGUGGCAGAGGCAAUGGCAGGGGCGGUGGAGGUCGUUUUGGCUCCGGCACAUCCAGCCAAGGGAAGAGAACUACCUUCGGUGAAGACUAGAUGAGUUUCAACUUCCUAUUGCAUCUGCAGAUCUAGCUGCUUCUGACACUGAAGGCGUCUUUUAUCAAUUUCUGUAGCUUGUUAAAGUCACCGUAUGGCUGCCCAAUUUUGCAAAGUCAAUUUUGACUGCGAUAUGUUGCAACUUUUGUUACCUUUAUAUUUUAUAUUAUUUAUUUGAUUUCCUGGAGAACAUUGAAUUCAAGUUUAAUCGAAGUAAUUUGCGUGCCGAAGUAUUUAUGUAUUAUUGUUAGUUUAA